AUGUAUGCUGUGACACCACCAAGGCCAGUAGUCUCAAUGCCUAUGGCAAAACAAUUUAACGAAAAAGUUACAAUAGAUUUGAAACAGUAUAAAGACCGUUGGAUUCUCCAUAUGAUAGACAUGUGGUCAAGAUAUACAGUGUCAGUCUUUAUAAAUAGAAAGAAACCUACUAAUGUAAUAGAGGCAUUAAUGAAAAACUGGGUAGGAAUUUUCGGAGUCAUGGGAGCUCUCAUGUCUGACAAUGGAGGUGAAUUUAGUUCUGAUGAGAUGAGGGAGGUAGCAUCUAUUUUAAAUGUUAAAGUAUGUACAACAGCUGGAAUGAGCCCAUAUCAGAAUGGACUUUGUGAACGUGUACAUGCUAUUACUGAUAUUAUGCUGAUGAAACUUGAGGCUGAAAAUAAAAAUGUAGAAUCAGGAACACUUUUAUCAUGGGCAAAUAUGGCACGGAAUUCACUGCAAAUGUGGAAUGGUUUCAGCAGUCACCAAUUAGUUUUUGGUAAAAAUCCUAAUUUGCCAAACUUAAUGCAUGCACAGCUACCAGCAUUAGAGGGAACAACUGGUAGUGAGGCAUUUGCUAAACAUUUAAAUACUUUACAUGAGACACGAAAAGCUUAUAUUCAAACUGAAGCAGACGAAAGAAUCCGCAGAGCUUUGCGCUCAAAAGUAAGAGCAGCUGAACAAGUAUAUGAGAAUGGUGACAUGGUGUUUUACAAAAGGGAAGGGAAAGAACGUUGGCUCGGACCAGGGAAAGUAGUAUUUCAAGAUGGAAAAGUUGUUUUUGUCAGACACGGUGGAGUAUUUGUUAGAGUAUCCCCAAACAGAUUAUGCAAAAUAAAUACUGAUUUGGGAGAAAAUAAAGAACAAGAUAACAUAGCGUUGAAGAAAAGUGACAUUAUUAUUAGUAAUGAAAUUAAAGAACAAACUAAUGAAGAAAAGAAAUCCUUUGACAUUAUUUCAGAAACUAUAACAAGUGCACCUCAAGAAGAUCCAUCUCAUGAAGCAACAGCUGUUAGUCAUGAUUUACAGCUUAUAAAGAAAGAUGAUAACAUUCGAUAUAAACUACAAGGCUCAGAUGAAUGGAUCAGUGCAACUGUGCUUGGAAGAGCGGGCAAAGCAACAGGAGGGAACAAAAGUUGGUAUAAUGUGAAAGAUCAUGUAAGCGAUGAACAAAAAAGUGUAGACUUGGGUAAUCUAGAAUGGAAUAUUUUAGAAGACCAGACCAAUGACAUUGAAGUUCAAACAACUGAUGAAGUGGAUCAAAAUGAUAGUGACAUUGCAAAGCAACUAGAAUUACAAAAGCUGAGACAAUUUAACACUUAUGAGGAAGUUGAAGAUGGUGGUCAAAAGACAAUUUCUACUAGAUGGGUAAUAACUAAUAAAAAUGGAGAAACUAGAGCUAGAUUAGUAGCUCGGGGUUUUGAAGAACACUCUUUCAUUCCUAAAGAUAGUCCUACAAUAGGAAAAGGAUCUAUUAGAAUAUUCCUUACAUUUGCUGCAAGCAAGAAAUGGUCAAUAAAAACUACCGACAUUAAAUCAGCAUUUCUACAAGGAAAGAAAUUAGAUCGUGAUGUCCAUAUUAAACCUCCAGUUGAAAGUGAUACACCAAAAGGACUCAUUUGGAAACUUAAACAUGGAUUGUAUGGACUAAAGGAUGGCGCUAGGCAGUUUUAUAUAAGUGUUAAGGAUGAACUCUUAAAUUUAGGAUGCAGACAAUCAAAACUUGACCCUGCUUUGUUUAUUCUGACAGUAAAGGGAUCUCUUCAAGGUAUUUUCUGUUGUCAUGUAGAUGACUUUCUCCAUGCAGGAAAUGAAGAAUUUGAGAAACUGAUGGAAAAAUUGAGGAAGAGAUUUAUAGCAGGAAAAAUUGAAGAAGAGAAUUUUCGUUAUAUAGGUUUUAUGAUAAAGCAAAACAAUGAAGGUAUACAACUUGAUCAUUCAAUUUACAUGGAAAAACUAGAUCACCAACAUAUAGAGCCACAGCGUGCAUUUCAGAAAUUGAAACAACCUACCCAAGAAGAGCAGAAAGAUUAUCGCAGAAUGGUUGGGCAACUGAACUGGGCAGUGCAAGGAUCAAGACCAGAUUUGGCUUUUGAACUUGUUGAUUUAAGUACUAAAUUGAAAAGUGCAUUAGUUUGUGAUCUUUUACGUGCUAUUAAAAACAUUGGAAAGUUAAAAGACAUAAGGCCUAUUCAGCUUUUCCCAUCAUUAAAAGGAAAGGAAACAGAAGACUGGGAAUUUUUUGUAUUUAGUGAUGCAGCAUUAGGAAAUAUAAAUGAUGGUAAAGGGAGUACAGGAGCUCACAUUGUUUGGAUAAAAGAUAGAAUAGGAAAAUGUUGUCCAAUUUCAUGGCAAGCCAAUAAGAUCAAAAGGGUUGUUCGUUCUACUAUAGCUGCAGAAGCUUUAAGUCUGCAGGAUGGAUUAGAAACAGCAUUAUAUUUUCGGAGUAUUAUUGAGGACAUUUGUGGAGUUGCACAAAGAACUAUACCUAUUACAGCUUUUAUUGACAACAAAAGUGUUACCGAGGCAUUAAAAUCAACCAAGUUGGUAGAGGACAAAAGAUUAAGAAUAGACAUUGCAUCUAUAUCUGAAAUGAUUGAAAACAGCUGUGUUGAAGUAAAAUGGUGUCCAGGAAAAGUCCAAUUAGCAAAUUCUAUGACCAAAAGAGGAGCUUCUGGAAUUGAACUCUUAAAUGUGCUACAGAAAGGACAAAUGCCUGAAGAAUUUGUGUGA